CUAUGAGACAGUGGGCGGGGCUGGUGGUUGAUCCCAUGCUCUAUACGGUGACCCGGAAACAGUGCCCCUUCCCUUCCUGUACACAGAGCUCCGCCCCCGGUCUCUUCCAGUAGUGUAGAAGACAUCUGGUGAGUGCGAGACACCCAGCAGCCAUCCUGGUGUGUCAGGUGGACUGAGCAGAACCCAAAACCCCAUCACGGUGCCUCCACCUCACUCACUGAUACAUGAGAGGCACAGUGACCAGAAGAUCCUGGAACUCGCCAACAAAAUCAUUCAGCUGCUGACUGGAGAGGAUAGGGAGUAUAUAGAGGAACACAGGGGUCUGUACAAGGACGUGAUGAUGGAGAAUCACCGGCCCCUCACAUCACUGGAUGGACCCAGUAACAGAGAUACCCCAGAGAGAUGUCCCCGUCCUCUGUAUUCCCAGGAUUGUACAGAGGAGAAUCACAGGAUCCCACAGGAGGAUCAGGUAGAACGUCUGUCUGAUAUUAAAACAGACGAUAUAGAGGAAGAAGAAGAGACGUAUAUGACUGAUAUGAAGGCUGAAGAUAUAGAGGGAGAAGAAGAGACGUAUGUGAGGGGUGAUCAGCAGUGUAAGGAGGAGGAGAUCCCUACAGAUAUCAGCACAGCAGAGGGACACACAAGCAGGAAUAUCUCAGAAGAACAUCUAAUGUUAUCCCUGGAUUCUGAAAUAACCGAUAAUGACAGUAGACAGGAUUAUCCAGGAGCUAACCCCAUUACCCCAAUUAUUCAUCCAGGUCUAUCAGCUGAUCCCCCUGAUCCUGGGAAAUGUUCUCCUGAUCACGCUUAUAUUGGUACAUCUGUUACAGCUCUAACAGUAGAUACAGUGUUUCCAUGUUCUAUAGAUGCCAAAUGUUUUACACAGAACACAAAGCUUCAUCAGCCAGCUAAGGCAGGUGAGAGGCCAUUUCCAUGUUCUGAGUGUGGGAAAUAUUUUACAUGCAAAUCAGCUCUUGUUACACAUCAGAGAAGACACACAGGUGAGAAGCCAUUUCCAUGUUCUGAGUGUGAGAAAUGUUUUGCAUGGAAAUCAAAUCUGGUUACACACCAGCAAAUUCACACAGGUGAGAAGCCAUUUCCAUGUUCUGAGUGUGAGAAAUGUUUUGCACGGAAAUUACAUCUUGUUAGACAUCAGCAAAGUCACACAGGUGAGAAGCCAUUUCCAUGUUCUGAGUGUGGGAAAUGUUUUGCACAGAAAUCAGAACUUGUUAUACAUCAGAAAAGUCACACAGGUGAGAAGCCAUUUCCAUGUACUGAGUGUGGGAAAUGUUUUGCACAUAAAUCAGACCUUGUUAAACAUCACAGAAGUCACACAGGUGCAAAGCCAUUUCCAUGUUUUGAGUGUGGGAAAUGUUUUGCAAUCAAAUCAGAUCUUGUUAAUCAUCAGAGAAGUCACACAGGUGAGAAGCCGUUUUCUUGCUCUGAGUGUGGGAAAUGUUUUUCCUGGAAAUCACUACUUGUUAUACAUCUGCGAAGUCACACAGGUGAGAAUCCAUUUCCAUGUUCUGAGUGUGGGAAAUGUUUUCAACACAAAUCACAUCUUGUUACACAUCAAAGAAUUCACACAGGUGAGAAGCCAUUUCAAUGUUCUGAGUGUGGGAAAUGUUUUAUCCAGAAAUCACAACUUGUUAUACAUCAGGGAAGUCACACAGGAGAAAGGCCAUUUCCAUGUUCUGAGUGUAGGAAAUGUUUUACAAACAAAUCGCAUCUUGUUAGACAUCAGAGAAGUCACACAGGUGAGAGGCCAUUUUCAUGUUCUGAGUGUGGGAAAUGUUUUGCACGGAAAUCAGUACUUGUUGAACAUCACAGAAGUCACACAGAUGAGAAGCCAUUUCCAUGUUCUGAGUGUGGGAAAUGUUUUGCACACAAAUCAGAUCUUGUUAUACAUCAGAGAAGUCACACAGGUGAGAAGCCAUAUUCCUGUUCUGAGUGUGGGAAAUAUUUUGCACAGAAAUCAUAUCUUAUUACACAUCAGAGAAGUCACACAGGUGAGAAGCCAUAUUCCUGUUCUGAGUGUGGGAAAUAUUUUGCACAGAAAUCAUAUCUUAUUACACAUCAGAGAAGUCACACAGGUGAGAAGCCAUUUUCUUGCUCUGAGUGUGGGAAAUGUUUUAUACGGAAAUCACAACUUGUUACACAUCAGCGAAAUCACACAGGUGAGUGGCCAUUUCCAUCCUCUUGUUAUGAAAUGGUCGGCAAUAUGCAGAUCUCCAGCAGGCCUGGCAGGCUCGGACUCUCCAUCACGGGUUGCAAUGUUGGACUCUCCAGCAGGCCUGGCUGGGACUCUCCAGCAGGCCUGGCAAGCUCGGACUCUCCAUCACGGGUUGCAAUGUUGGACUCUCCAGUAGGCCUGGCAAUGUGGGACUCUCCAGCAGGCAUGGCAAUGUCGGACUCUACUUCACGCGUUGCAAUGUCUGAUUCUCCAACAGGCGUUGCAAUGUUGGACUCUCCUGUAGGCUUAGCAAUGUCAGACUCUCCAGCAGGCCUGGCAAUGUCGGACUCUCCAGCAGGCAUGGCAAUGUCGGACUCUACUUCACGCGUUGCAAUGUCUGAUUCUCCAACAGGCGUUGCAAUGUUCGACUCUCCAGUAGGUCUGGCAAUGUGGGACUCUCCAGCAGGCAUGGCAAUGUCGGACUCUACAUCACGCGUUGCAAUGUCUGAUUCUCCAGCAGGCGUUGCAAUGUUGGACUCUCCAGUAGGCCUGGCAAUCUCGGGCUCCCCAGCACGCAUUGCAAUGUCGGACUCUCCAGCAGGACUGCCAGUAUCGGACUCUCCAUCACGCGUUGCAAUGUGGGACUCUCCAGCAGGCAUGGCAAUGUCGGACUCUUCAUCACGCAUUGCAAUGUCUGAUUCUCCAGCAGGCAUUGCAAUGUUGGACUCUCCAGCAGGCAUGGCAAUCUCGGACUCUGCAGCACGUGCUGCAAUGUGGGACUCUCCAGCAGGCCUGGCAAGCUCGGACUCUCCAUCACGGGUUGCAAUGUCAGACUCUCCAACAGGUCUGGCAAUGUGGGACUCUCUAGCAUCCCUGGCAAGCUCGGACUCUACAUCAUGCGUUGCAAUGUCUGAUUCUCCAACAGGCGUUGCAAUGUUGGACUCUCCAGUAGGUCUGGCAAUGUGGGACUCUCCAGCAGGCAUGGCAAUGUCGGACUCUACAUCACGCGUUGCAAUGUCUGAUUCUCCAACAGGCGUUGCAAUUUUCGACUCUCCAGUAGGCCUGGCAAUGUGGGACUCUCCAGCAGGCAUGGCAAUGUCGGACUCUACAUCACACGUUGCAAUGUAUGAUUCUCCAGCAAGCAUUGCAAUGUUGGACUCUCCAGCAGGCAUCGCAAUCUCGGACUCUACAGCACGUGCUGCAAUGUCGGACUCUCCAGCAGGCCUGGGACACACAAGCAGGAAUAUCUCAGAAGGACAUCUAAUGUUAUCCCCGGAUUGUGACAUAAAAGAUAAUGUCAGUAGACAGGAUUCUCCAGGAGAUAACCCCAUUACCCCAAUUAUACAUCCAGCUCUAUCAGCUGAUCCCUCUGAUCCUGGGAAAUGUUCUUCUGAUCACUCUGAUAUUGGUGCAUCUGUUACAGCUCUGACAGUAGAUACAGUGUUUCCCUGUUCUAUAGAUGCCAAAUGUUUUACACAGAACACAAAGCCUAUUAACCCACACACAGGUAAGGCAGGUGAAAUACCACUGAUAUGUUCUGAGUGUGGGAAAUGUUUUACACUGAAAUCACAUCUUGUUGUACAUCAGCGAAGUCACACAGGUGAGAAACCAUUUCCAUGUUCUGAGUGUGGGAAAUGUUUUACACUGAAAUCACAACUUGUUGCACAUCAGCGUAGUCACACAGGCGAGAAGUCAUUUCCGUGUUCUGAGUGUGGGAAAUGUUUUGCACACAAAUCAUAUCUUGUUACACAUCAAAGAAGUCACACAGGUGAAAGGCCAUUUUCUUGCUCUGAGUGUGGGAAAUGUUGUUUAUUUGAAUCACGUCUUGUUAUACAUCAGCGAAGUCACACAGGUGAGAAGCCAUUUUCUUGCUCUGAGUGUGGGAAAUGUUUUGCACACAAAUCAGCUCUAGUUAGACACAACAGAAGUCACACAGGUGAGAAGCCAUUUUCUUGUUCUGAGUGUGGGAAAUGUUUUACACAAAAAUCACAUUUUGUUACACAUCAGCAUCGUCACACAGGUGAGAAGCCAUUUUCUUGCUCUGAGUGUGGGAAAUGUUUUACAUCUAAAUCACAACUUGUUACACAUCAGCUAUGUCACACAGAUGAGAAGCCGUUUUCUUGCUCUGAUUGUGGGAAAUAUUUUACACGGAAAUCACAACUUAUUACACAUCAGAGAAGUCACACAGGUGAGAAGCCAUUUCCAUGUUCUGAAUGUGGGAAAUGUUUUGCACACAAAUCAGAUCUUGUUAAACAUCAGAGAACUCACACAUGUGAGAAUCCAUUUCCAUGUUCUGAGUGUGGGAAAUGUUUUAGCCAGAAAUCAAGUCUUGUUACACAUCAGAGAAGUCACACAGGUGAGAAGCCAUUUUCCUGUUCUGAGUGUGGGAAAUGUUUUGCACGGAAAUCAGUUCUUAUUAAACAUCAGCGAAGUCACACAGGUGAGAAGCCAUUUCCAUGUUCUGAGAAAUCAGCUCUUAUUGCACACAAUAGACAUCACUCAGGUGAGGAACCAUUUUAAUCUUCUGCAGUAUACUCAUCAUUGCCAUGCGUUCUUCAAGGUUUUUAUCCUAUCUUCUAUGCUUUUUGCAAUAUACAUGUUACCGCAGUGUGAAAUAAUCAGAUGUCAUGCCCUCAUCUACUGCUAUGCAGAUGACCUGUCUUUUGCUCCGGGUACUGAGAACCCAGUACCAUUCCUAAAUGGUUGUCUAGCUGAGCUCCAGGUGUGGGUGAUGCCAGUUGGCUGUGACUCAGUCCUGGUGAAACAGGUUCUUAUGAUAGAUGCUCACCAACAAAGGGCAGGGCUACAACUCAGCUUUGCAAACCAACCAGACUUACGCUUGGGGGUUCAGAGUUACAAAAUGCUGAUCCUGUGCGGAAUCUUGGUGUACUGGAUGGUGGAGUGACACUUAGACAUCAGGUAUCUGCCACAAUCAGAUCCUUAUGUGAGGAACAUAGCCAGACUCCAGCACUUAUUUCCCUCAGAAGAUCUACCUACAGUAAUACAUGCACUUGUAUCAUCACGCAUAGAGUACUGCAAUGUCCUCUACCUGGGUCUCCCAGCAAAAUAAUUGCACCGUUUGUAGCUUGUACAGAAUGCAGCAGCCAGGCUGUUACCUAACCAGCUCGUUCCUGCCACAUAACACCCAUUCUCUACUCCCUUCACCGGCUGCCUGUAAGAUGGGGACUCUAUUACAUAAUCUUACUGACUCUCCCAAUCCUACAUGACCAGGGUCCAUGGUACCAGAAGCAGCUUCUGCCUCCUUACUGCCCAGCUUGCUUCCAUCUGCAGAUGGACUAUUACCAGCAGUGCCAAAAAUCCCCAAGAAGUUCUGAGAUGCCAGGGAUGAGACAGGGUUGUGGUACUAGUGCUGUAGCGGGGGCUGCUGGAGGCACUGUCUUUGGGUAAUAUUGUCCCCAAGCAGUGCUAAGGUGUCAGAGGGGGAGACAGGGCAGUGACAGUAUUGGGGGAGACAGGGAGGUGGCAGUAGU